AUGGCAAUCAAAGCCACCGUUUCGUUCUUUGCCCUCCUGAGCGCCCUAGGCGUUUCUGCGCAGCAGACCUGCAAACUUACACCCUUUGAUGCCGCCUGGCCAUCCGAAGCGGACUGGUCUGCACUGAAUACCACUCUCGGCGGCUCUCUCCUCGAAACUCGGCCCGCCGCCUCCUCUUGCUACCCUGGAAACCCUUUCCACUCUUCGCAAGCAUGCGACGACGUCAAGAAGGAAUGGGGGUACUCGUACUACCACGCCUUGCUGCCCGAGUCCAUCGACUCUCCCCUUUACGCCAAUAACUCGUGCCUGCCACCGGGUGCUCCUGGAUACUCCCCCACGAAGGGUUGCGAGCUUGGCGGAUCGCCAAUGUACAUCGUCAACGCAACGUCCGAGGACCAAAUUGCUACUGCGAUGCGAUGGGCUAGCGAGCGGAACAUCCGUAUCGUGAUCAAGGGAACUGGACAUGACCUCAACGGCCGGUCUUCCGGUGCCUACUCGUUGUCAAUCUGGACGCACAACUUCCAGAAACUUGAAUACAACGCCGAGUGGAGAUCUCCCAGCGACAACAGAACCGAGGCGGCUCUCACCGUGGGCAGCGGCAACAACUGGGGUUCUGCCUCCCGGGGCGCCGCACAGUUUGGUAGAGUCGUCGUUGGUGGCACGGACGAGUCGGUCGGAGUCGGCGGACAUAUCCAAGGUGGCGGUCACGGCCCUCUCUCGAGCACCUUUGGCCUGGCAGCAGAUCAUGUCCUACAGGCCCGCGUAGUGACAACCGACGGUCAGAUUCUGGUUGCCAACGAGGUGCAGAACAAAGAUCUCCUCUGGGCUAUACGUGGCGGAGGAGCCGGCCAGUACGGUGUCGUGACCGAGUAUGUCAUCAAGACGCAUCCCAACCCCGGUAACGUUGUCUCGAGUUCCAUCCAGGUGUCAACGGUGGGUAAUGACACCGCUUCCAAAGAGGCGGCAUGGAGAGCUCUUGCGGUCCUGCUCGCUAGCGUCCCCGACCUCAUGGACGCCGGCUUGACCGGUAGUGGAAUGAACUCCGCGGCGGCCCCCCUGAACAGUUCUUUCGACAAGACACGCAAGGUUACGGGUUCCAUCGGCUUCUUCACAUACAACACUACAGAGGAUAAGAUGGCCUCGCUACUUCAGCCCGUCAGAGAUCGCAUCCUGGCCGAAGUGGGUAACAGUUCCGUCACAGUCAGCCUCACCGAGCCAAGCGUGCAGGCCGACUUCAUGACUUUCUUCGAGAGUGUCAACGAGGCGCCUAGCGGUGCGGGCACAGCCGGUCUAAUGACGAGCCGCCUGCUCGGCCGCAAGGAACUUUCGGACAUUCCCAUCCCGACCUUGGCUUCCUACCUUCAGCAGAUUAUGGGAACGCAGGACCCUACUGGAAACGGCCUCAUGGUCAUCGGUCUUCAGGGUGGGCAAGGACCUCGCAACGUCCCGGAAGUGAUGCGUGGCUCCCUCAACCCCGCGUGGCGUUCGGCCUACAUUCACAUGAUGAGCUACGGGGCCUCUACCGACAGUACCCUUUCGCCCCAGGACGGGCUCAACAGUGCAGCACAGUGGUUGGAGGAGACGAAGGAGCCCGUCUGGCGUGAGUGGGCACCGGGCUCGGGUGCGUACAUGAACGAGGGCAACGCAUUCAACACCAUGUUCAAGGAGGACUUUUACGGAGCUCCCUACGACCGCCUGGUUGAGAUCAAACGCAAGUACGACCCCACUGAGAGUCUGUAUGUUUUGUCAGGUGUCGGAAGCGAUGCGUGGGACUAUGACCUCAACAGCGGCAGGCUAUGCAAGACAUCUGUCUGA